UUGAUUAGUCUCUCCUAGUUGCGGUCUGGUAGUCGUCGGUGGCAGUGGGACGGCUCGCUGUUGCUCUGAAGGCAGGCGAACCAGCUGCCCAGGAAAGGAGGAAAGUGGUAGAAGCCGACUCCACAGGAGCUCUAAGCAGGUCUUUUAGUACGUUCGUGCAGCAGAUUUCAAGACUAAGAGAGAAAGACUGCCUCAUCCCUGCAGGAAGAAAAAACAGGAAAUAAAAAACUCAACAUGGAAAAUGUCCCCAAGGAAAACAAAGUUGUGGAGAAGGCCCCAGUGCAGAAUGAAGCUCCCACUUUAGGAGGUGGUGAAGACCAGGAGCCUGAAGGAAAUAUUAGAGGGGUUCAGGCUCCACGUGCCCAGGAUUUUGGAGAGGAUGUGCCCGAUAGGCUUGUUGAUAACAUUGAUAUGAUAGACGGAGAUGCAGAUGAUAUGGAACGGUUCAUGGAGGAGAUGAGAGAGCUAAGGAGGAAAAUUAGGGAACUUCAGUUGAGGUACAGUCUGCGCAUUCUUAUAGGGGACCCCCCUCAGCAUGAUCAUCAUGAUGAGUUUUGCCUUAUGCCUUGAAUUUUGAGGUUAAUAAUCAUAAAAUCCCUGCUUUCCAAAUUUGCAUUUUUCCUAGUAUACCUUUAAUGUGAACCUUUUGACAUUCUUCUGCCAUUUUCUGAUUAGAGAUUGCAUUUAGAUCUAGUCUGGAAGUUUUUCUGUCAGAAGAGGAUUUUCAUCAGCUUUCAUGGAAAGAUGUUUAUUGCACACUUUAAAGUUAAUAAAGCAAUUUAAAAGUA